GUCAACUCCAUUCACUUCUAAUUCAUCCGCUUAUCUACCUGCUUCUUUGGUGCAAAACAUACUCGGUUGUCAAGCUCAGGCAUUAGAAGCCAUAUCCGAUCAAGCUAAAGCUAACAAAGUCAUACAACAAGAAAAUUCCGCUCUUAGACAACGUAUCGAACAUUUAGAAAAUCAAUUAUGGUCUCUGAAAAAAAAAAAUUCGUUACGAAACAUAGAUAAUAGCGAAGAUAUUUUCUCCGAGGAUAUGGAUAUUGACAUAAAAAAACCUGACGCUAUGGAAGUUGAAAAGGAAAAUCGUGAUGAUUCACCCGCCCCUGCAUUAACAGAUGUCAAUACAUGUGCUAAUGAACAAUCUUCUUCCUCGGCGAGUAAUAACAACAUCUCCCAAAUUAUCCAAGAAUUGGAAAAAAAACAUCAAAAAGAACUUGAAAAUUCGAAUAAAGAGUGGAGUGAAAAAUAUUCUGAACUCCAAAAAAAAUAUGAUCAACAAUCAAAAGAUUAUCAAGAUUUAAAAGACCAUUACAAGCAAAGAUCCUCUGAAUGGAAGCUUACAAAACAAUGGAUUGAAAACGCCAAAAGACUUUCACGAGCCCGAAAAGGGAAAUCUGAUGGCGCAACUGCAGCAAAUGCUGAAUCGCGGGCUCGAUGUGCUUGUCAACAGGAUAAUAAUUCGCCUACUACUUCUGACGAUUCGCAAGCUAAAUCAAGUGGUACUCUCGCUGAUGUUACAAACGUCCAAAAUCAUAUGCCACAUACUCACGUCAAUAAUGUUUCCAUCAUAAGCAUUGAUAGCGCCUCAACACGAGCCCCUGAUAAUAAAAAAGAUUGUGGCAAUAGUCUUCAUGAUAGUGACACUCAAUAUCAAUCUGACAUAUUGUCUUCAAACCUAUCGUUAAACUCUUUAGGUGAAAAAUCUCAAUCUGAUCAUCAAUAUGUUCAAGAUUCCACUGAAUUAUGGAAUAAUAAUCAAAAAAUAUCGGAUUCGAAUGCGAACAAAGCUUUAUCUUGUGAAAGCAGUUCAAGCGUGACAGAUCAAACAAAUCUAGAUCAAGAUAAUGCCGAAAUUCUAAAGCUACAAAAAGAUGUUGACUUUCGUCCGCUUGAUGGUACAAACGCCGAACAUCCAAUUGAUAUUGAUGAUUAUGACGAUAAUUUAUUUCUUACUGACGAUGAUGAUCAAUCUUCGAGUAAAAAAAGAUCUGCAGAUGUGGUCAUUAAACAAGAACAGGACGACUCUAAUACACUUCCACCAUUGGAAAAUAAACAACAUAAACGAUGGAAACUUUUACCUAGUGGAAAAGAUCGGUACUCAUUGGACAAUGAUAUAGUUAAUACUCCACAUAAAGGCUAUCGUGAUCCUCUCAUGGAUGAUAAUGCAAACAAUAAACCGGUUGCUUCGGAAAGAAUCAGUAAUGAUGGCGAAGAAAGUCCUAUGCUACUUACCCCAAUUACUCCACAUAACAUUAGGAAUAAAAAUACGUCACACCGUUCCACUGUCAGUCCUAAUUUAUCAGAAACUAACAUUAGGUAUAAUGAGACUGUACGAAAACAGAGCGAGCGUCGGCAGUUACAGGGUGAAGAUUGCCGUGAUUGUCGUCGAUAUUAUGAAAUAACAGGUCCAAUGCCAAUUCCCGAUGCUACUGGAUUAAAUCGUUGUGGCCAUACAAAUCAAGUACAGAGCGCAGAGUUACUAAUGGAAGCUCGAUUACAUUAUACUUCUAAACAUCGUGCAAGGUAUAGUCGAGCGCCUACUCCUCCUGGCUUCUGGAGAGUUGGCUUCCCAACAUCCCAAGAAUUGGCAGAAACAAACGAACAAUCCAUAGAGUACGAAAAAUCGAGAGAAGAUCAAAAAAGAAAAGAAAAUGAGUAUCUUAAGAAUCGUGAGCACAAAUGGGAUAGGAUAUAA